AUGAUUGAAGCUUUAAACAAGAAAGGUUACAAUGCAUUUGCCAUCUCCAUUCCAUCGUUUAAUGAGCUGCUGAACGUGCUAGCAAUUGCUGAUAGUUUUCUACUCUCUCCUCUCAUAUAUUUUGCCACAUCCAUGGGAACACACGUUGUUGCUGCUCAUCAGAUCAUGCUUCAAAUAUGUGGCAUGUGCACUGUUUGGGGUGAGCCUCUAUCUCAAACCUCACAGUCAUUUAUGCCUGAGUUGAUAUAUGGAGUCAAUCGAUAUUUGCCAAAGGCUAGAAUGCUGCUAGAAUCACUUGUCACUAUUGGUGCUACACUUGGACUGGUAUUAGGGAUUAUUGGGACGGCAGUUCCUUGUCUUUUCCCCAACAUAUUUACACAUGAUAUAAAGGUCAUACAAGAGGUUUGUUCUUGUUUCUCUCCAACCUUCCCGUUUCCACCACUUCACCUGUUACUGCAGUAG